AUUUUGUGAAGCGGCUGUGGAGGUGUUGGCUGCAGUGGGCUCCGGGAAAGCCGUUCGGGCUGGGGCUGUCGGCCGCAGGGCUGAGGCACUCGCGCGGGGGGUAACUCGGGUCUGGGUUCUGGUGCCGCGCAAGCUCUCCCCGUCUAAAAGUUGGUUUUAAUUGGUUGCCCACAGGAUUGACUUGGCCUCUGCUUCUUAAGAAAAUACAUCUCUUGUUUUACAGGUGUGUGUGGUUUCAGCGCAGCAUGGCUGUGGUCAUCCGUUUGCAAGGUCUCCCAAUUGUGGCGGGGACCAUGGACAUUCGCCACUUCUUCUCUGGAUUAACCAUCCCCGAUGGGGGCGUGCAUAUUGUAGGGGGUGAACUGGGUGAGGCUUUCAUCGUUUUUGCCACUGAUGAAGAUGCAAGGCUUGGUAUGAUGCGCACAGGUGGUACUAUUAAAGGGUCAAAAGUAACACUAUUAUUGAGUAGUAAAACAGAAAUGCAAAAUAUGAUUGAACUGAGUCGUAGGCGUUUUGAAACUGCCAACUUAGAUAUUCCGCCAGCAAAUGCUAGUAGAUCAGGACCACCACCUAGCUCAGGGAUGAGCAGCAGGGUGAACUUGCCAGCAAUAGUACCCAACUUUAAUAAUCCUUCGCCAAGUGUAGUAACUGCUACCACUUCUGUUCAUGAGAGCAACAAAAACAUACAGACAUUUUCCACAGCCAGCGUAGGAACCGCUCCUCCAAGCAUGGGGACUUCUUUUGGGAGCCCAACGUUCAGUUCAACCAUUCCAAGUACAGCUUCUCCAAUGAACACGGUCCCACCGCCACCGAUUCCUCCAAUCCCAGCGAUGCCAUCUUUGCCACCGCUGCCAUCCAUUCCCCCAAUACCAGUUCCUCCUCCGGUACCAACAUUGCCUCCUGUGCCACCUGUUCCUCCCAUUCCCCCAGUCCCUUCGGUGCCACCUAUGACCACACUGCCUCCUAUGUCAGGCAUGCCACCCUUGAAUCCACCACCUGUGGCACCUUUACCUGCUGGAAUGAAUGGCUCUGGAGCACCUAUCGGUCUGAACAAUAAUAUGAAUCCUGUGUUUCUGGGUCCAUUAAAUCCUGUUAACUCUAUACAGAUGAAUUCUCAAAGCAGCGUGAAGUCUCUUCCCAUCAACCCUGAUGAUCUGUAUGUGAGUGUGCAUGGAAUGCCCUUUUCUGCAAUGGAAAAUGAUGUCAGAGAGUUUUUCCAUGGGCUCCGAGUCGAUGCAGUGCAUUUGUUAAAAGAUCAUGUAGGUCGAAAUAAUGGGAAUGGAUUGGUUAAGUUUCUCUCCCCUCAAGAUACAUUUGAAGCUUUGAAACGGAACAGAAUGCUGAUGAUUCAACGCUAUGUGGAAGUCAGUCCUGCCACAGAGAGACAGUGGGUAGCUGCUGGAGGUCAUAUCACUUUUAAGCAAAGUAUGGGGCCUUCUGGACAAGCCCACCCUCCUCCACAGACACUUCCAAGGUCAAAAUCGCCCAGUGGGCAGAAAAGGUCAAGAUCAAGAUCACCACAUGAGGCUGGCUUUUGUGUUUACUUAAAAGGGCUACCAUUUGAAGCAGAAAACAAACAUGUCAUUGAUUUUUUUAAGAAGUUGGAUAUUGUGGAAGAUAGUAUUUAUAUAGCUUAUGGACCCAAUGGGAAAGCAACUGGUGAAGGCUUUGUAGAAUUUAGGAAUGAUGCUGACUAUAAGGCUGCUCUCUGUCGUCAUAAACAAUACAUGGGCAAUCGCUUUAUUCAAGUUCAUCCAAUAACUAAGAAAGGUAUGCUUGAAAAGAUAGAUAUGAUUCGAAAACGACUUCAGAACUUCAGCUAUGACCAGAGGGAACUGGUGUUAAAUCCAGAGGGGGAAGUCAGUUCUGCCAAAGUCUGUGCCCAUAUAACAAACAUUCCAUUCAGCAUCACCAAGAUGGAUGUUCUUCAGUUCCUAGAAGGAAUCCCAGUGGAUGAGAGUGCUGUGCAUGUUCUUGUUGAUAACAAUGGGCAAGGUCUAGGGCAAGCAUUGGUUCAGUUUAAAACUGAAGAUGACGCACAUAAAUCUGAACACUUACACCGUAAAAAGCUGAAUGGGAGAGAAGCUUUUGUUCAUAUAGUUACCCUAGAAGAUAUGAGAGAGAUUGAGAAAAAUCCCCCAGCCCAAGGAAAAAAGGGUCUAAAGAUAUCUGUUCCAGGUAAUCCUGCAGUACCAGUGAUACCUAGUGCAGGGAUGCCUGCUGCUGGAAUUCCCACUGCCGGGAUACCAGGGGCUGGAUUGCCUAGUGCUGGAAUGCCUGGUGCUGGGAUGCCCAGCUCUGGAAUGCCUGGUCCUGGAAUGCCCGGUCCCGGAAUACCCGGUGCGGGAAUACCUGGUCCCGCAAUGCCUGGUCCUGCAAUGCCUGGUCCCGCAAUGCCUGGUCCCGCAAUGCCCGGUCCCGCAAUGCCCGGUCCCGCAAUGCCCGGUCCCGCAAUGCCCGGUCCCGCAAUGCCCGGUCCCGCAAUACCUGGUCCCGCAAUACCUGGUCCCGCAAUACCUGGUGCUGGCAUCCCCAGUGCAGGAGGAGAAGAGCAUGUCUUCUUGACUGUAGGAUCAAAGGAGGCCAAUAAUGGGCCACCAUUUAACUUCCCUGGUAAUUUUGGUGGGCCCAAUGCCUUUGGGCCACCACUCCCCCCUCCAGGAUUAGGGGGUGCCUUUGGUGAUGUUAGGCCUGUUAUGCCUUCGGUUGGAAAUAGUGGUUUGCCUGGCCUAGGACUGGAAGUUCCAGGUUUUGGAGGUGCACCAAAUAAUAUAAGUGGGCCAUCAGGAUUUGGGGGGAUCCCUCAGAACUUUGGAAAUGGCCCAGGUAGUUUAAAUGCUCCUCCUGGUUUUGGAAGUGGACCCCCUGGUCUUGGAAGUGUUCCUGGGCAUUUGAGUGGGCCUCCAGCCUUUGGGCCUGGGCCUGGGCCUGGCCCAAUCCAUAUUGGGGGUCCCCCUGGCUUUGGAGCUAGCUCUGGAAAACCAGGACCUACAAUAAUUAAGGUGCAGAACAUGCCUUUUACUGUAUCUAUUGAUGAAAUUUUAGAUUUCUUUUAUGGUUAUCAAGUAAUUCCAGGUUCAGUAUGUUUAAAAUACAAUGAAAAAGGUAUGCCUACAGGUGAAGCCAUGGUGGCCUUUGAAUCUCGGGAUGAAGCCACAGCUGCUGUCAUUGACUUAAAUGAUAGGCCUAUAGGUUCAAGAAAGGUAAAACUUGUUUUAGGGUAGCCGUUCACAUCAGUUCCUUAUGGGGUAUAUCUUUAUUUUGCUGUGAUUAAUGCAUCCAGAUUGUUUUCCUAGUAGUUCCAGGUUAGAACCUGUGGAUUGUUUCAAUUGCAGAUAGAUUGGUUUCUAUAACACAGAGCAUUGGUUGGCUGUUUUACAACUCACAGAAUAAACAUUGCAAUUUGUUACAGUAAAGCUAUCUGGAGAGAACACAAAAAUAAUUUUGGCAUACAGUAGAGACCAUUUGUAAUUCUCGAUGAUCAAGGAAUCUAGAUUGGUUUUCUUUUAUACCACAUGGGAUGAAGAAAAUUGAAACGUAUAAAUAGAAACGUGAGUAGAGCUCGUGGAGGGGGCUCAUGCCAGUGAUGGCAUUGGAAGUUGGCUACUUUUGCCAUUUGUUUUAAAGCUGGACAUACUUGCUUUGUUAUAGGGUCAAAGCUUUGUCUGAAACCUUCAUUUUCUUUUAAAAUUGAAUAAAGUCUCUGUAUCCAGAUUCAUUGUAUGUACCUUUAUUGCUUCUGGAGGGUUCUUGCUGUAUAGACGGCCCUGCUUCAGUGUUGCUGCUUCAUCUUCCUAAUUGACCACUUGUAAUCAGUACACCAUUUUGUUAGUUUUUCAUUAAUUUCUAAUAUAAAAACUCCACACUUGUGGUUUGUGCUAAAUAACCCUGAACUUUGUGAUUAAUGUCACACUUAUGAUUGUGUGAAAUGACUUUGACCAUAAAAAUAAACUAUGGAGUCCUCUACUGACAUUAUUUGGUUUGACCGCCAAGUUUUAUUUAGUUUAGGGAGUUUAAAAUUUGUUCAUAUUGUUUGGAUGACAAUGAAAAUCAGAAACCACUUAGUAAUCAGUGUUUAGGUAUUUGAUUUGAAAUCCUUUACUGUGAUGGACUAAUUUAGCAAAUUGUUUUUGUCCCAAUUUAUGUGAAUUUUGGAACAAAGAGAUUCAUAGGAAAGAGCAUUGUAUUUCGGAGUAUAAAACUGAAAUGAAAGUGGUAGUUUUGUUAGCAGUAGUAGUGCAGAAUGAAAGAUCCUUAAGUUGGAUCAUAGGUUGAUGUGUGUUUAAUUCUGUUAAUUUGGAGGCUUUUUGGUGCAGUUGUUUGAUCAUGAGCCUGUUCACAAAAAUUCUUUAUGCAGAGUCUUAAGUAUCAAUGUCAGAAGAGAGAAUUGAGGUCACUCCGUGCAUUUUAUAUUCUUUUCCUUUUGGCAAUCAGGAUACUAAGAUAGAAUCUUCGGUUGGCUAAAUGUCCUUUCCCUUAAAAGCAUUUGGUUUUUCACAUCUUGUUCACUGACACCUUACGGCUCUUUUUCUAAAUUUAAGAUGCUUGAAAGCUGUUUCACAUUUCACAUGACAUACAGAAUUGGAGAUUGAUGAAUAAUAACGGGAAAUAAAUAGUAUCUUUCACAUAAUGUAGCUCUGGUUUCAAACACCAAUAUCGAGAAGUCUGCAUUUAUUUUUAAAAGAAGCAUUUCUCACAUACAUUAUAUAUAUUAUAUAUAUAUACAUGUAUGUAUGCGUGUAUACACAUGCACACACAACUGUAUGUAUGUAUGUCUAUGUAGUGCCUUUUUUGUGUUCUGAGGGAGUGGUACCCUGAGGUCUCGUCGUGUAGUUUUAGAGUUAAGAGUGGCAACAGUCUCGUGUGUGGAAAGUGUGGAAAGCCUCUCCAAUACUGCGAUGGUCUUGGAGGAGAGACAGUAUGGUGGUCUGUUCAGGGAAAGGGUUGUGCAGGCUUUGAAAAGUGGCUGCAUUGUGAAUCACUUGAUAACUCACAAACACAAUUUGCUUGAAAGAUAGCUACUGCCUCAAAAAGCAAUAUGUUUAUAUGUGAUGUUCUUUGUUAAGGAAUCAUUUCUCGUUUGAAGACAUAGUGUGAACGCUUCAGAACUGUUUUGGGCUUCUUAUUCCAACUGCAGGUUUAUUUUCCCCAUUGGAAACUGACUAUAUUUUAGAAAAAAUGAUUGUUGGAAGGUGAAAAUUUUUUAUCCUUUCUCACAAUUUAUUUUGGUUGUAUCUUCGUACAUGCUUAUUAAAUAUUUCAUACACUCAAUUGCAACUAUUUUGUUAUUUCUACAUCUUAGAUAAAUGCUAAAAAGAAAAACUUGGUUCUCACUGUUCAUUAAAUAAAUUAAGAAAAUAGUGUUGGUAUAGAAAUCAGAGAGAAUUGUGUUCCGCAUCCCUUGAAUCACAACAGAGCUUGUUGUGAAAUGUAACUAAAUGCUCUGCCCUCUGGAACUUGAGUUUGUAUGUUUGAGACAGACCUAAUUGCUAAGUAUAUUGUUUUAUCUUGUUUGGGCAUUGAAGUUUUAGUUUUUGUUUUUGUUUUAAUAACCAUGAAAAUGUGUUCUAUCAAACUAUUCAUACCUCUCGUCAGACAAUUUUUUUUUCCAGAACUAGUCUUGAUAUAGAUUUGCAUUUACGUAAUUUUUCCAUUUGUAUGGUUAUGAAGGCUUUGUAAAGCUUUGCUCAAAGUGUGUUUGUAAACACUGUCAAGGUAUUCUCAAUUUCAUGUGUAAAUUUUAUUGUCUGUUUUCGGUGACUUACAUUUAUGGAAAAGAAUAUUUCAUUAGGCUUAAUUUGUUUCUCCUGAGUUUUUAUUAGUGUUUAUUUUUCUUUUGGUUUUAUAGGAGUAGAGAAACCUGCAAAUGUAUUGUAAAAUAAGCAAAUUGUAAAUUUUUAAAACGAGUGCCCGACUUAGCUCAUAAGCAUAACUUGGAGGUGUUGCCUGUGUUUAUACUGUCUGGAUGUACAGUUCUGUACAGUGGCUGCUGUAGGCUCUGUCUUAAUGCAACAGUGUUACGUGAAACGUAGUUCCUGACUUGUUAUUUUACGUUGCUAAAGCAUUGACAAUUAAAGCUGCACUAGGAAAUGUCAACCUUACAGAGAGUAAUACUUAGUGUAGCGUAGGUCAGUCUUGAUCUGCUUGAUGAAAAUCUAGGCGUUCGUACAUAUAUGGAAGUAAGCAAGCACUCGUGGUUUUUAGGUGGAAAUACUCACCUUGCACAAAAAUGAGGAAACAAAAGCUAACUCAAACUUCAUUUUCCUGAACUCUGUGAUUGAUGACGUGUGUAAAAUAAAAUGCACUCAGUUUGAAAGCGUUGGAAAAUGAGUGAAGACCGUAAUCUGUCCAAUGACUCCCAGUCUGUGCUCUGGGGACGUUUCUGGCGGUGCUCACUGAGUACCUUUCCCACUCACAAUUGCCAUGUGUAAGUUAUUUUACUUCAGCUGUUUUACUGGCAGUUCUGUAGUCCAAACUUUUGAAAUCAAGUACAGCCAAAAGGCUGUUGACAGUGUGACCACAACAUUGCCAGCACAUCCUACUUUGGCAUCACUUAGCAAUUUUUGUUUAUAAAGAAGAAGUCUUGGAUACUGUUCAAUAAACUUGUCACAAAAUAAAGGCUGAUGCUUUAAUGCUUUAA